UGGAGACAGCGGGUGUAUUUAGAGACUUUAAUGGCCGAAAUUCAGAACCCAUUUUGACCACACUCUACAAAUCUCUCUUUUUCUCUCUACCUGUCCCACUCUCCUCCUCUUUAUCAAUCCCCAAAUCCAACGUUCGUUCCUCUCUCCUAUUUUUCUUUUACUUUUUCCUUUUCUUGUUCUUACACCCAAAGUUGUUUUUGUGUGUUUUGAUAUUGAUGAGUAUGUAGAUAUGGCCGUGGACCUCAUCUCCCACCUUUCCCCACUCCCCACUAUGGAACCCAACGCCGUCCAAGAAGCCACUUCCGGCCUCGAAAGCGUCCACAAACUCAUCCGAUUACUCUCCAUUCCCAAUCCCCAUUCCUUACCUUCCUCCACUCAAUCCCCAAUCGAUUUCCCUACCGACUGCCGUGCCGCCGCCGACGCUGCCGUCUCCAAGUUUAAAAAGGUCAUUUCCCUCCUCGGCCGUAGUCGUCUCGGCCACGCUCGCUUCCGCAGAGCUCCUCUGCCUCAACAACCUCAUUACGUUACUCCCAUCCAGCAGAUCCCACCCCAUCCCCAUCUUAAUAACAACAACAACAUCAACGACGAAUCUCUUAAUUUCUCCGCUCAUAAUUCCUUCAUUUCUUCGUUGACUGGCGACGCCGAUACCAAACAUCCUUCUUCCUCUUCCUCGCCUUUUCUCAUUUCCAACCUGUCCCAGGUCUCCUCUGCUGGGAAGCCCCCUCUUUCUAGUUCUUCCCUUAAGAGGAAGUGCAGCUCCGAAAACUUGAGAUCCGGCAAGUGCGCGGCUGCUUCUUCCUCUUCUCGAUGUCACUGUUCCAAGAAGAGAAAAUUGAGGGUGAAGAGAGUGGUGAGAGUUCCGGCAAUAAGCUUGAAAAUGGCGGACAUCCCACCGGACGAUUAUUCAUGGAGGAAAUAUGGUCAAAAGCCCAUUAAAGGCUCUCCACAUCCCAGGGGUUAUUACAAGUGUAGCAGUGUAAGAGGUUGUCCAGCCCGGAAACACGUAGAACGGGCCGUAGACGAUCCGGCGAUGCUAGUGGUGACUUACGAAGGAGAACACAAUCACACCCUCUCUCUCCCCGAAACCUCUACUCUCAUCCUCGAGUCCUCAUAGAACAUCUCCAUCGUUAAUUUCAUCUUAAUCUUCAAUCAGAUCCCAGGGUCAGUUUUUUUCCACGUUAUUUAUCAUAUGAUAUUUAUAUUAAUGGUCCUCUUCCUUUUCUCACUAUAACUCUUUCUUUUCUUGAACAAUGUGAAUUUGUCUAUUAUUAUUAUAUUUUAAAAAUGGGGAAGAAAACAGAAAAAGGAAAAAGGAAGGUAAAGAUUGUGGAUUUGGUAUUAGUUGGAGUAGGAUGCUUUUUUAGAAAGGAAAAAAAAAAAAACAAUUUUUUUUCCAUUUCAUUUCAUUUCUUAAGCACUUCUAAUUACUUAAUUUUCAUGCCAACUUCUUGCUUUGCUUUA